CCAUUCGGCGGCCGAUCAGUACGGACGUGAGAGUGUUGUUAGCUCGUGUAGUGUAUUUAAUUACUACGUUAAAACGCGAUUUAUAAUUGUGUUUUAAGUGUUUCAUAAAAAUAAUAAAAAUAAAAUAUAAUAAACUAUGGCCGAUCAGGAGAAUAAGGACUUCAGCGAAGAUAUUGCCGAUCAAAACUUCGAGCAGAACGGCGAAGCAGAGAACGGCGGCGGGGACGCCGCAGAAAAUGGCCAAGAAUCGCAAGAGGAAAGGUCAACCGGGGGUAAUCAGGAUUCUUUAAAUGAUAGGAAAUUAUUUGUGGGUGGAUUAAGCUGGGAAACUACAGACAAGGAAUUAAGGGAUCACUUUGGUACAUAUGGUGAUAUUGAAAGCAUUAAUGUCAAAACAGAUCCUAAUACGGGACGAUCGCGGGGAUUCGCUUUUAUUGUUUUUGCGAAAGCUGAAUCGUUAGAUAAGAUUAUGGCAGCUGGUGACCAUGUAAUUAAUAAUAAGAAAGUCGAUCCUAAGAAAGCAAAGGCUAGACAUGGUAAAAUUUUUGUUGGUGGUCUUUCGACGGAAUUGUCGGAUGAUGAUAUCAAAAAUUUCUUUUCUCAAUUUGGAACAAUUGUCGAAGUGGAAAUGCCAUUUGACAAGACAAAGAACCAAAGGAAAGGAUUUUGCUUCAUUACUUUUGAAUCUGAACAAGUAGUAAAUGAAUUAUUGAAAACACCUAAGCAGACAAUCAAUGGUAAAGAAGUUGAUGUGAAAAAAGCAACACCAAAACCAGAUGGCAUGGGAGGUAUGCGUGGCGGUGCUGGUGGUCGAGGCGGCCGUGGCGGAAGAGGAGGUAGAGGACGUGGUUUUGGUGGUCAAGGUGGUUGGGGCCAAGGUGGAUACGGAGGAGGUUAUGGCGGCGGUUACGGACAAGGCGGUUAUGGCGGUGGCUAUGAUGGAUACGGAGGAGGCUACGAUUAUUACGGCGGUGGGUACGGCGGCUAUGGUGGUUACGACUACAGUGGAUACGACGGCUAUGGCUAUGGCGGUGGUAGUUACGAUGGUGGCUACAGUGGUGGGCGCGGUGGUGCACGCGGUAAAGGUUUCCUAUCUCAUCACUCGUUAAAUCAUCAUUCCAUUAAACCACGUCACUUUCAGCAAGAUUUUCAACAACGCAGACUACUGCCGCAAAAUAAAAUGAAUCAUCAGGAGUCACGACAAAAACUGUAAUAGCUUCAUAUUUUGCGUCUAGCAAUACAUCUGUAUUAUGGAGACAACAAAAGCAAACAUAUAUACAUAUAUAUAUUAUAUAUAUAUAGGUACACAAUGCUUUCUUCCAUCUCUCGUUUACCCUUUUGUACAAAGUGAAAAAUACUUCAUAUUUCACAUUGGUCUCUUUCCUCAUUUCAUCUUAUUUAUCACUAAUUUUUUACUGUUAGUACGUUACGUUGUUCAACGUAAGGCAAUUUUGUAACAUAGUACGUUUGAAAGAUAUUAACAUUAUAUGCUGACAUAAAUAUAAAUACAGCAUAAUGAUUAUUUCAAAUGUAUGGAUGAUUACAUCGAUGAUAUGCCUUACGAUGACAUAUUGUAACGUAAUAUUUUUGUGCAAAUGGGAAAGCAAAAGAUGAUAGGAAAUAAUUUAAAUACAGAUAUAUUAGGAACAAUCAAGUUUCUCAUUCAUCGCUUGGGACUAUUAAAAGAUAACUUGUCCCUAUUUUUAACAUUAAGAUUAUUUUAAUUUGUCUAUAAACUAAACUUAAUAAGAGGAGAUCCACUAUAGAAGAGUAAGCAGGCAAUGUACUUUUUACACGGCUACGAUAAGACAAAAUGAAAAGUACCGAGUUGUUUAUAAUGAUUGUGUGAGGUAUGAAAUAAGAGGUAAAAAGAUUAUUGCUUCCUUAUUGGUAAGAAGAAUAGGAUAAAAUAAAUUCAUUUUGUGUACAUA